AGACCUAUGGUGCAUAGAAUCUCCCAAUUACCGUCCGUUCCCCGACAAACCUCCGACCUCGGUGGCGACAAACCUCCGUCCGUGACACAUUUCGUCAUGACUGCUGGUGACGCUAAUCAGUUGAUAUCUGUUCAACCCAAUGACCUCAAGUUCAUUUUUGAGCUGGACAAGCCAAGUUUUUGUAAUCUUCAAUUGACGAACAACACGGAUGACCAUGUGGCAUUUAAGGUUAAAACAACUUCACCUAAGAAGUACUUUGUGCGACCGAACACCGGUGUUGUAAUGCCUCGGGACUCAUGUAUCAUAAGAGUCACUCUCCAAGCCCAAAGGGAAUGUCCUCCUGAUAUGCAAUGCAAGGACAAAUUUCUGCUGCAGAGUACUAUAGUGCCUCCAAAUACCGACGUGGAAGAUCUACCGGCAGAUACUUUUAACAAGGAUGGUACUAAGGAGAUAAAGGAGCACAAGCUUAAAGUUUUCUAUGAAUCUCCUUCGGGUCAAGCAAAUUCAGAAGAUGGAGGGUUAAAGAGCUUCGAAUCACAAACCCCUGAUGCAAACUCUACCAUACAGCACCUUAAGGAUGAAAGAAAUGCCGCAGUUCGGCAAACAGUGCAGCUGCAACAAGAAGUGGAUUUUCUGAAGAGGCAAAGAAAACGUAGGAACAACACCGGCUUCUCCUUCAUGUUUGCAUCCUUUGUGGGACUGAUAGGGAUAAUGGUCGGUUUUCUGUUAAAUCUUUCAAUGGCUUCACCGUCGACGGAAUGAAUAUAUGAGUGUAGUGGGAACCGGUGAUUUUGUUCAUUGUAUAAUGCAGAAUGUUAAUGUUCUGCUUGAUGGAGUCUUCCCAUUUCCUUUCCUUUCUGUAUAUUUGAUCUUUCCGCAUAGCACAUGUCUUUGAUCA